GUCGCACCAAAGUGCGGCAGGCAUGCUGAUGACUACUCCUGUUGUUGCUGCUGUUGUUCAGAGUCUAUGUAGGCUGAUAUAACUUGAUGCUGAAGGAUGUGGUUACAUUUCCACCUCUUUUCAUCAUAAGCGCAGGAUUACACUGCAAGGACAUCGGUUCCGUCUCAGCCCACACAUUGAUAAGAGGCAAAGAAAUCAUGGGAAGAGGAUAAGAACUCCAGUUACAAUCAAGAUGCAGCACACCUCGUGCACAGAGGACCGGAUCCAGCAUGCUCUGGAGAGAUGCCUGGAUGGACUCCGGCCAUCAGAAAACCUGACACAAUCCUGGAACGCUGGCUGGUGUAUGAACCGCUGGAGUCUAGAAGAGCUGGUUAAGAGGGACCCAGAAAAUUUUCUCAUUCUGCUGCAGCAAAUUCUCAGAAAAGCCAGAGAAGUUCAGCAGGAGUGUCAUUAUGAGCUUGUGGCCCCCUUGGCUCUCAUGUUUGAGUCCACACUUCUGCAGAUGCCUCUUUGUCCAUCUGAUGGAGAGAUUCUGACAGAAGCUUGUGAAGUGUUUCAUGACUUUCUAGCAUGGCCUGAACCCUACUGUAGUGUGUGCCGUAACCUGCUCUCCACUUUACAUCAAGAGCUUAGAGCUCCAGGGAUUUCGUACCACAAGCUGGUAAGAGAGGAACAAGGCCUUGCCACCUCUAGUCAGCGUUCUAAGAUCAUUACGGUGUUGUUGAUGAACCCAGCUGAGGUGCCUGCUGAGUUCCUGUCUGUGGCCGAGCAGCUCAGUGGAGCGGAGGUCUCACAGAGAGAGAGUAGCAUUACACUCAUUAAACACAGCUACCAGGCAGUGCUCGGAACUAAAUACCCACUACAGACCAUCAGCGGUGCUCUACAGUGCCUUAGUGAUGAUGAGUUGGCACAGAUCCUGUCCUCACUGAGUGACCUUCUAGAGUCUGCAGCAGCCAUAACGGAUAUAGCUAAAGCUCGAGAACAUAUCAAGGGUGGUCUGGAGGCGCUGCGAGAAAAACUUGGCAUACCAGCCUCCAAAAGAAAGACUUCAGAUGGGGUUCUUCAGACACUCAGCAUUCCAGCAGCCAAGUGCUACACCUUCCAUUGGGACAAGGAUAAUUUUGAUGUUCUAAACGACCUUCUAGAAAUGGAGUCUGAAUUGACCUUAUCUCAAACAUCUGAGGGUAUGGAGGAGGAUGAUGUUGACAAUGUUGAUGUGGAAGAUGAUGAAUAUGAGGACUUGGAGGAAGGGUUUGUAUUAAACGGUUGCACUGACUAUCGGGCCUCAACCUUUUCCACUGUCUCCUCGCUUUCCACGGCCUCCAAAGACUCCAUGUUCUCCACUCUGUCAGUCACUUCCUCUGAAUGCUCUCCCCUCUCCACACUCUCAUCCUCAUCUCAAGCUUCAGGCACUGACAGUGACUUCUGUGAGGACGCAGAGGAGGACAUUCUGAGCACAGCGUCUGUGCCCAAGUCCAAAACAAGUGCACGACUUUCCAAGCGCCUCUCACGACUCUUCAAACCUCGCAGCAACUCUCUAUGUCGAGCUAAAAGCCUGGGCAGCCCUGAGGCUAAAGAAUUAGUGAUAGCUGUCCGCUCUAAGAGAUCCAAUUCUCUGCCACAGCAAGUGCGACUGCGGAGCUCUGAUUUAUGGUUCCCAGCGCCCCCCCUGUCACAGCUGCAGUAUGUUUGCUAUAGGAGAAGACCCAUUCUGAGUACUGACGAUGUGGAAGGGCCACCAGGGGCCACAAUGCUCAGAGUGGUGGUGUUUGGGGCAGAUCAUGUGGCAGGGAGAGUUGCCCGCGCAUAUGGCAGCCUAAGAAAAAGAGAAGGAGACUGUCCACACCUGACCAAGGCUUUCAGGAUGAAGUUUUUCUUUGUGCCUGUAAGGAGGGAUACAACUCCAGCCAAUUUCUCCACAAAGAACUCUGGUUCUUCUCUGCAGCUGUCAGUGAGUCCACUGAAACCAGCCAUCUCUACCACUGAUAUCAGUGUAAACAGGACGGAGGACAGCACUAAUGACAUAGCCAAUCUCCUGGGAAUGCUGGAUCCCUGGUAUGAGCGUAACACUCUGAGCCUGCUGGAGCUUCCGGUUAAUGUGGUGUGCCAGCAGACAUCCAAGAUUGAUUCAGACUUGUCUGAAGGUGCUGGUGAGGGGCGUUUACCGAUAUUUGCUGACCUGGUGCUCUAUUACUGUCGUCAUGCCGCCCGCCCUGCCCUCAUUCAGCUCUAUCAAGCAGAGGAAGAAGGAACAUUUCAGAUCCUGUUCUGUGCUGCAAGUAAGAGAUUUGGCAUUGAUGGAGACCGUGAAGCUGUUCCUUUAUCACUUGAAGUUACUUACAACCAAAUACAUAUCAGUGGCAGAAGUCAGAAGGCAAGGACAGAGAAGUCCUGCACCUCUAUAAACCUGCUAAAAGCCUGCAGGAAUCUUGAGGAACUAGAUUCUAAAAUGGAGUGCCUUCAUUUGACAAUGACAGAAGUGCUGAAGAGACAAAACUCUAAAUCAAAGAAAGGCUACAAUCAGCAACUGACCACCACACAGGUAAAGGUGGAUAAGGUUCAGGUUAGUGGAACUUGCAACACCACCUUCGCAGUUUGUCUGGACCAAGAUGAGAAGAAAAUUUUACAGAGUGUGACCAGGUGUGAGGUAUCAGUUUGCUAUAAGCCGGAUAGUUCGACUGACUGGACGAAAGGAAGGGUGUUCUCAUCUCAGACCCAGCCUCUGCAGUCAACCUUCUGCUCUCUGCUUUGUCUCCCUGUUGCCACUUUCAGUGGACCUCAGCCCUGAACCCAGAGACUAGGCUUGACCCUAAUACUCCAGCCUAAUAGACGUCCAUCUACAUAGUUUUCCACUUCCACUUUUAAACUCAGCAUAUCGACUCAGAAAAAAAGCUAAGAUACACUUUUGGGUAAAAGUGCUCUUCUAUUACGUUUGUGAGCAGUAUGUGUACAGUGGGCGUUGUUUGCUUCAAAUUUCUGAGAUGAGGAUAACUGGUUGUUUAGCCUGAGGUACAUCCUGCUGAAUAUAAUUCAGUGGACAAGCUGAGACAAUUUUUGUAGGCUUAUGACUAACAUCUAAAUCAGGUUAUGAAUCAAAACCUGAGUCAUCCAUAAUUGAAGGUUUGGUACUUUGAGAGGGAUGUUAUUACCGGAUUGAUUUGGAACUGGGCCUGUCCUGGCUUUUAUACAACCAGCGUGGAUCUCUAACUAGAACCAGAAUACUCUUGUUAAUGCACAUAUUAACCACCAUUUAAAUAAGCACUGUGGACAAUGUGAUAAUAUGUUUGUAUAUAUGACGUAAUUAUUUUAUGUAGCUAUAAUCGAAAUUCUCAGGAAAUAUACUGUAUAUAUUCCUUUACAAUCUUUUAUUGUUUAAACUUGUUUAUUUAAACUCAUUUCUAUCUGGCCAGAGAAUUGAGGAAGUGGUGCCUCAGAUUUUUGUUCUUAAAAAUCUAAAGUAUCCAGUGAUUAUUUUUUGUAUAUAUUUGUAUAUCCUCUCUGAGGUUUAAUUUUUUCUGCGUUGUGAUCUGAAACCUGUCUGCUUUGAAUACCUCUUAUUGUAGUUUGGUCGGUUUGCCAGCAGAGGUCCUUAUAAACCAAUUGUUGAGUUUUAUCUUGUGACUGCUGGAGGCUGAACAGUGGUGAAUAAGCACCUACAUACUGGCAGAGAAAACACCGAUACAGUUUAGUCAUUACACUGUAAUACUGGCACAGUUUGCAAGUGCAACAAACUGAAUCCUUUCUUUCUUUCUUUCUUUCUUUUUCUUUCUCUUUCUUUCUUUCUUUCUUUCUAACAUGUUUAUCUGUCCUCUAGAAUGACCAGAAUUACUGUCAAAACAAUAAUUUUCUCCUCUGAUUGUUUUUGAAACACUUAAAAAUUGUAUAUAUUUUUAACAAGAUUAAGGAGCAGAAGAGUACAAUGUACAUAUUUAUGUGUUUUUAUUAAAAAAAAAAGUUGAGGGAUUUUACUCUCUCUCAGGGCAGACCAUUUUAAAAUAAUGUUUAUCUGUUUGUAAAUACAUUCUGUUUGCAAUAAUACUACAUUUCAUUUCACUAAUGACCAGUGCUACUGAAAUGUACUGUACACUGUUAUGCAAAAUGUCUCUUUUUUUGUCAUCCUGGCAUCCCAGAGAACUAAAGCGGUACUUUCCGUCUGGCUUGUAUUCAUAAAAUGCAUUCAGUGGCUUUAUGUUUGUACAUUGUAACUUGUCAAAUUAAAACUAUUUUAAA